CUGACUCGGCUGCUGGGAAUUACCAUUCACAUUGACAUUAAUUGACAUUUCUUAGGCAGCAGAUUUAACACACUUUAGAGAAGACUGGUGAGUUGAUUCCGGAUGAUUGAGUUGUUUAUUUCUUUGAAGUUUGUGUGGAGAAAAUACCUGAUUACUGUCUUUUUUAUUCCGGGACUAGAGGUUUCACUGCAGUCGGUUCUCGAUAACCGAUCUGUGCAGUAUAUUCAUCUCAUCCACUCGAGCAAAGGCAAAUGGAAAUUCUAAUACAUACUGUUGACUCUGAUCGUCUCCAGUUGAUCCCAGCAAGAAUACACCGCUGUUAAAGAGUGUUUUUUAUUUGGCCUGCCAUGCAUCAGCAGACACUUGGGACCAGUUAUUUAAACGGAGUUUAGCCCGCCAAAACUGCGUUCUAAGCCAUUUUCAGCGGUUAGAACAAAACCAUUUUCAGCGUAGACUAGAAAGGCACUUAUUUUCCUAAAUUAACCUACUAAGAAAUAGAUCUGGAGAUCUAAUAAUUUCUUAAACCGCGGCCUAAGUUAGACUUCGUUUAAAUAACCGAUCCUAGAUGUUCAGACGUAUGUCAGAGGGAUUCUAAUUUCCUGAAGUUAUCUGAGACUAAAUCAUUUGCUUUUCAACAUUAUGCAGACUUGCUUACAAUUCGAUUUUUUUUGGUAGAGAUUUCUCUCUCAAAUGGAUUCAGUACUUUAUUGCAUCAUCAUUCAUCUGACUAUUAAUUAGCAGUGCAAAAUUUAAUAGUUCGAAAAAAGUGCCCAUGUCUUUAUUUCGGGAAAAAUACCUUUUCCAAUGAGAUUAUGCUGUUUGACCAAGAUACUGAGAUGUGCCUACGCUAUUUUUCCUAGUCAAUAACCUUACCUAUUUCAUAUCGUAAUUUUUUUUGUAGAAUUUUUGACAAAAUAAGCUGGAAGUCUAUGUUGUGUCUGGCUUUACUCUGUUGCCUAGUAACGGAACGAAGGGUGAAGCGGAACAUUGAAAAUUGUACGCCCGUCGUUAAAAUUGUGUCAAUAACAAAACUAUCGAAUCUGAUUGGUUCUCAGCUAGCCUUCAAUUUGGAGUUAUGACCCUUCCCUUCAGGCGCCGGGUGCUCAAAAGAUAGAUAGCGCAAUCCACCACGCAGAGUUAUCCACCAUUUGAACAACUGGGGCCUGGCCGAUAACCCUUACCUAUCUUUUUAAAUUUUUAAAUUUUUUUUGUGCGUGUGUGUAUCUGUUAAAUCAAGGUCAAUACAAAAGAAAAAUUAAAAACGAAAGUCAAAGACUGCGUAAGGGACUUCAACUACAAUGGGACAGUGCUUUACGUCUUCAAGAGACCGGCGAGUAACUCAACGAGAACUACGCGCGGCGGCCAUGGAAAGGGAUUAUUUAAAUCGGAUUAUAGAAAUGGAAAAAGAAUUAAGUUUAAGAGACGAAGAAUUAACAAGGUGGAGAGGACAAAGUGGAAGAAGCGGUCAGUUAGAUCGAACAAACAAUUUGCAACAAAGAGACCGUGACUGGGUUAUCAAUCGGAAUGAAAUUGAAAUAAGAAGCGACCAGAAACUUGGGGAAGGGGCGUGGGCAUCUGUUUACCGUGGGAAAUUUCGAGGGGACGAUGUCGCUGUUAAAGAAAUGUACCCGGAUAUUAUGUCCAAUCGUCAUAUAGAAGCGUUCAUGCGAGAGGCUGAAAUGGCUUCGAGAUGCCGCCAUCCUUGCCUGUUGCAAUUCAUUGGUGCAACAACUGAUGAAAGACCAGUGAUAAUAACGGAGAUCAUGGAAUGUAGUCUGAGGACCAGGCUAUACAAUCAAGACGAACCACCCCUAUGCGAAAGAGAAAUAACUAUUAUUUCUCUGGAUGUAGCUAAAGCACUGAAUUAUCUGCAUCAGCAACCACAACCUAUCAAUCAUCACGACAUCAGUAGUGGUAAUGUGUUGCUAUGGCGACAUGGUCACCAAUGGAGAGCCAAAGUGUCUGAUUAUGGCACAGUCAAUUUUGUGUUUCGGACCACUAACAAUUACGCUGGGGCUGCAAACUACUGCGCACCCGAAUUCUUGAAUCUAGACCCGCUGACACCGAUAAGCUGCAAGGUGAGUGCUUCAUUUACGUAGCUGCUUAGCAGGCACAUGAGAAAUAUGGGGCGCGAGAUAAGCGAUACGUGCGAUAGAGGAAGAUAUGCAAAUGCACCUGUUACAGCCUUCUAUUCAAUCGCGUUGUGGAUCAAGCGCAAGUUCGAAGUGUGCAAGGUACCUUUGGAAGUCAAGUCAAUUCAAGCUUAUUGCAUGUGCAAAAUAGGCUUAGCUAUUUGUGAGAAAACUCACUAGCUAAUUUACAGGUAUUGCACAUUAAAAUAAGAUAUUAAAAAUGAAUAGACAAUUAGAACUAAAAUAUAUAUAAAAUAACUUAUUGAAAAGAUAAAAUAUAAAAACUAUUUACAUAAGACUAAGAAAUUUCACAAAUAAGAUAAGGCUAAAACUAUUCACAAUGCGAUAGACUGGUAGUAGUAGUAGUAGAUUAUAGUCUAGUAAACCUGACAAGUCCAGUUUUCUAAUACUAUUUUUAAGAGACUUGAAAGAUUGUAUAGUUCUAUAUGAGCUCUAUAUUGUAUAGUUGUAUAUUGAAUUCCAUAGUUUUGGCGCUGUAAACCGCCACGAUUUCAGGCCGUAUGUUGAAGAGCGAUCAUUGGCCGCUUUAAAAUAUCAUUGCCCCUGAAGUCGUAUUUAUUGCUUCUAUGUUCCAUCAGAUCUUUGGUGCAUAUUCAUUGUUAAUGACACUGAAAACUGUACAUGCUAUUUUAGCGAGGCGUUAAUUCACAAGUGAUGGUUAACCUAUUUUAUUUAGUAAAUCAGAUUUUCAUUAAAGACAAAACGAAGGGCACGCUCAUUAACUUUCCCAAGCUUUGCAGUGGUACUUUUGUUACAGAAAUACCAUUACUAUGAGCGGUUGUUGAAGUGAAGAAUGAUAAAUGCGAGGAGAAGAGCGGAGAAGUGGACGCGUGUCUUACUUUUUGGCUGACUCCUCCCCGAUAGCCCGUUUCGUAGAUGUCACCCAAAAUUGCAACUUUCGUAUUUUUUAUUCAUUCAAAAAACCACCACCAUAGAUAGAUUUUUCAUACCGAAUUCAGCAAAAAUGCGAAAUUUCACAAGGAUUCGUCCCAAACUUAUACUGAAAAUUGAUAGAAUUAGUAAAUACAGGCAAAUUAAUGUUUACAAGGAAAUGAAUGGAUUGGGGGAAGGCCAUAAAUUUCAAUGUAAAAAAUCCCCUAAGUUGCAGGCCCCAUAUCUCUAUCAGUUUACGACAAAUCCUCAUGAAAGUUCGCAGUUUUCUAAAGUCGACAUCAUUAAUCGACCUAAAGCGGUGUUUUAGACGGAUAAUUGCAAAUAUUGCGUGACAUCUGAGAAAUUGGUUAUCGAGGUAAACGUGUAACUCUCCCAUGUUCCCUUAGGCGCUUAGGUACGAAGCAGCAGGCGGCGCCUGCUACUUAGCUAGGAUACAUUUUCAGCGCCAUGAAAUGGGGGCGGUUUUACUUAUGAGAAGUCCGGCAUCACAAAAAGACCACUAAACAAAGAAACAACUCUCUAAUUUCUGAAUUUAACUGGCGGCAGUACUCCGUAUCUUUCAUUUGUGUAAAGAGGUAGCCUUCGAACAGAAUUCUUUUAUAUCGUUUUUCUUAUACAAAAGGGAACCCAAGGAAAUUGGAGACGUCUGCAAGUCGAAAAAUACAAACAAGAAAACAAUCUUAUGCUACUCGAGGUAAACGGCUAACAUCGUCUAAUUAGAAGGUAAUGAUUGAAAGCGUAAAAGAUAGUGGAUUCUGUUACCGUGACGAAUUUCAGUAUGAUCCAGUAGCACUGAAAUUUCUGUCUUCAGAACCUUUGAAGUUCCGCCAGAAAAGCUUUCUCUUUCUCUGCUCCCUAUUCACGAUUUGUAAGAUAAGUAUCAAGAAGUAGUUAAGCAAUGAUAUUCCGUACAUGGAUAAAAGCCACUGAGUAAACUUACGAAGAUCUUAAACGAAUGCUGUACUCGACUAAUGGUUUUCUCAAUUUUUUUAAUAAGUUGAUGUUUUCAGUUUUGGUGUUCUCUUAUGUGAGAUGUGCAUCAGAGAUCAACCAGCUCCGGACGAUCGUGACAGGCAAAUAGACGAGAUAAAAAACCUCAACUAUCGAAGACUCGUGAGACGAUGUGUACUCAUACUUCCUCGAGGGAGGCCCAGUAUGGACGAGGUUAUAGACGAAUUGAAGGCAUCCAUGUCCAAUACUCACCAACUGCAGGGGCCUCAAUCACGAAGAAUUUCUAGUGCAUGGGAGGCUAUCGGUGGGGAUGGAUUGACCAUUGUUGACUGUUAAACAUAGUAAUCAUAGUAAGUACUAAAUUAAUAUUCUGAUUAUUCUAAUUUCUAUUCAUCGUCCAACCAAGCUGAAUUUUUUCGAUUUUCUGCUUGGUGCAUGUACUCAUAUGAGGCCUACCAAAAUUACUCUUAACAAUCAAUAUCACACCUGUUUUCAGAAGCUUAAAAGUGCCCAACAACGGCCCAAGUUGCGAAAGCCAUUUAAUUCUACACUUAUGAAAACAUAGGUGAUGUUGAGUGAUGUCGAUUUUACG